GAGCCACACCAAUUUGUACAGUUUGUUGUUAUUAAAAGGAAAAUGACAAAGUAGCUACACUAAACAACAUAUUGAAGUUCAUCCCACCACAACCACUUCUUUCCCCUAACCACUAUUUCCCUUCUUAAAAACAAAAUGUUUGAUCCAAGAACUCAAUUCUCAGAUAAAUACAAUAAUCAUAGGCAUGACAACAACAUAGUACUAAACAAUUCUUCUUACAAGAACAACAACAAUUGGUGUAGUAGUGAUCAAGAAGUAGUACAGUUUAGACCAAACCUUAAUCUUCAACAAGCUAUGGGAAGUGAUGAUGAUGACUCAUCUGGUGUUUGUUCGCCGCCGCUGUGGAAGAACAUCCCCAGCCCGAGCCCGAGCCCGUCGGCAAGCCCGUCUCAGCCGCUCCUCAGCCGCCAUGUCUAUACCUCUUUAUCACCAAAUUCUAGAGUGCAAGCAAUUGCUAGAGGGCAGAGGGAGCUUAUGGAAAUGGUGAAAAAUAUGCCCGAAUCUUCGUACGAACUCUCGUUGAAAGAUAUUGUUGAGAAUCGCCACAAGAUGGAGAAUCAAGAAGAUCCUCCACGGGUGGAGAGAGUGUCGAAGAAUAAUUCGGAGAAUCCGAGGAUAUUGCAAGGAAAGAAAAGUAAUGAUAAGAAUAUGAUGAGAAAUGGGAGUUUUAAGAACAAGGGGUUGUUUAUAAAGAUGGUGAUGCCUACGUUUUCGUUUCAGUCGAAGAAAAAGAGUAACUUUGGUGGUAAUACGAAUGGGAAAGUUUCUCCGAAGCCUGAUGUGGCAAAGGGCGGCGGUGGUGGUGGUGGUGGUGGUGGUGGUGGCGGUGAAAGGGAUUGGUGGAAGAAGAAAUUUACUGGUUCUAGUGAUAGUGAUAGUAGCAGAACGAGUAUUAACAGCGGCAGCACCGCUAGCAGCGGCGGCAGCACUAGUAGCCGCAGCUAUGGCGGUAGCGGCAGGAAGAAAAAGAACGGAAUCCUAACCGGUUGUUGGCCGAUUUUCCAAUCAAGAAGAAGCAAAUCUGCUGCAGAGUAGGCAACAACCUGUAAUUGUGGAAAAAAAAAGAAAAAAACCCUUCAGACAGAGGCUUUAGAUAUAUAUACUGUUAUACAACAUCACUGAGAAAUAUCAAACAUCAUACUGAGAGCAUUUGUAUAUUCGUUGAUUGUUAUUACGGCAAAUUCUUUUCGUUUUCUUUACCGCAACUGGGAUUUGGAUUUUCCGUUUUGUAUUUGUGCAGCAAGAACAGUGUCUUGCUAAGAAUACUAGGAACGAGUUUUUUGCUCA